AAUCCCACUCCUCCUUGGAGAGAGGGCUGAUCCAGUCCGUGUUUUGCAGGAGACCGUGCGGCUGGGUAAAAUGGCUGUAUGUAGCGGAGCCUCGUGUUGGUUGGGUUUUCUCGCUGCCUCUGCCCGGGCUCAGUAACACAACUCCCACAACAAUUUCUGCCGCUGUCUCACGCAUUGCAUGGAGCCUCCAUCAUCUCUCUGACCCGUUUGCGGAGCCGGAACCGCGGGGAUGGCCGCCGGAUUCGGUCCGGUGUGAGGGGUGGGAAUGAAUCGGCACAAGGAUAAAUGGUUCUAAACAAUUAUUUAUAUUCCAUGCGAGCUUGUGAUUGUGACUGAGAGCGAGGGAGAGAGAGGUGGGGGGGUGUAUAUCAUGGCCGCUCAGGUCGCCACUCUUAACACUAGCCCGCCUUCCGAACUCAAAAAGCCGGAUCGGGACCCUAAGGAGGAGUCGGCACCGGGGGAGAAGCAGUCGGACAAAAAGCAGCCGGGCUUGGACAGCGGAUCGCCGGGCCGGGGGGAGCUGCAGGACGGGGCCGAGGGUGGAAAUGCAGGGGGAGGAGGGGAACCUGAGAUGAAGAACGGGAAUGGGAACCCGCCCAGGGCUAACAAUAAUAAUCAGAAUGACUCUGUCGGACCGGAGGGAAACAACCAUCCCGGCUUGGUGCAUCACCACGGAACCGCUUUCCCUCCACCUUCGUACGGAUACAGUCAGCACUACGGUCGGACCCCUUUUCAUCAACAUGGCGGACAACAAAGCCCUGGCAUGGCAGCUGCUGCGGGUCCGGUCGUGCAGUCGAGCAACAUGAUGGAUCCGUAUCAACCUAAUUCCCACGAUCAUGGCUUUUCGAACCACCAGUUCAAUAACUACAACCCAUUCCCGAACAGGACUCCCUAUCCCGGCCAAGCGUACGCCAUGAACUCCCCGCGCAGCACACAGGCGCCGACAGCUGGUGGGCAGCCAGCUAAGCAGCAGCCACCGGCGGGAGGACCCACGGCGAUGGCUGGAUCUUACAGUAACCAGAGAUAUAACAUUGGGAACCCUCAGCCCACGUCCACGCCGACACUCAACAAGCUCCUGACCUCCCCCAGCUCGACGCGGGGAUAUCCAAACUACCCGUCCGGCGACUACAGUAGCCAGGACGGAGCUAGCAAGGGACCAGCAGACAUGGGCAGCAGCGGUCAGUAUGGAGGGAGCAACCCGGGCUGGCAACAAAGAAGCCAUCUCCCGUCGCCCAUGAGCCCGGGAAGUGCCGGGCAGCCGCUAGCUAGAAGCCAGCCACCUGGUCCCAUGGACCCAAUGGGAAAGAUGAGAGGCCAACUUUACGGAGCAGGUAGUCCAUACGGCCAGCAGUCGCAGCAGGGGCCUCCCACGGGUCCACAACAGGGGCCCGGAUACCCAGGCCAGGGUUAUGGCCCUCCAGGUCCCCAGCGAUACCCUGUGGGAAUGCAAGGACGUUCACCUGGAGGCAUGGGCAGCAUGCCAUAUGGUCCACAGAUGGGAUCAUACGGACAGCAGGGACCAGGAGGCUAUGGCUCUCAGGGCCAGGCACCCUAUUAUGGCCAGCCCGGCCAGGCUCCUCAUCCAAGCCAGCAGCAGACCCCCUACUCACAGCCCCCUCCGGGAACACCAGGUGGCCAGACACCUUACCCAGGGCAACCCCACCCUGCGGCAACUUCUGUUCCUCAUACCCAGGGAGGACCGCCGUAUCAGCAGCCCCACAUGCCCCAACAGCCACAGGGGCCACUGCCAGGCCCAUCCCAAGGGCCCCCACAGUCUCAGCCACCGUACGCUCAAGCCUCAGCCCCACAGUCUGGCCAGUCUCCCUACACCCAGCAGCAGGGUCCUCCCAGUCAGGCCCAGCAGCAGCCAAGUUCCCAGGCUCCCCCUGGAUCACAGGGCCAGUCCAGCUACCCAGGAUCCACACAGGGGCCUCAGCAGCCUCCCUCGCAGCAACAGCAGGCACAGUCUCAGCCUCCACAGCAGCCACCGGGACACAGCCAACACCCACAGGGCCAGCCUGCAGCGUACCAUCCGAACCCACAGCAGCAAGCACAACAGUCACCUUAUCAGCGUUUUCCUCCUCCACAACAGCAGGAGGUAUCCCAGGAUUCAUUUCAGUCCAACGCCCCUCCAUCCACUCAGCCUAAAUCUGGCCCAGAGGACAGUCAAGGCCGCCCCUCCAGCCUCCCGGACCUGUCAGGGUCCAUCGACGACCUGCCGACGGGUACAGAGGGCGCCCUGAGUCCCGGCGUGAGCACGUCAGGUGUGUCGAGCAGCCAGGGCGAGCAGAGCAAUCCGGCUCAGUCGCCCUUCUCCCCUCACACGUCUCCCCACCUGCCAGGCAUCCGAGGGCCUUCACCUUCCCCAGCUGGCUCCCCUGCUGGUGCCAGCACGCCCCGCACAGGACCGCUGUCACCCGCCAACAUGCCAGGGACCCAGAUGCCUCCUAGGCCGUCAAGUGUGCAGUCAGAUGGGAGCCUACACCCAGCAAUGAGCCAGUCUCCUAUGACCCAGGACAGAGGGUUUAUGCAGAGAAACCCUCAGAUGCCCCCUUAUGGCUCCCCCCAGUCGGCCUCUGCACUGUCACCGCGGCAGUCCUCAGGGGGACAGAUUCAUCCUGGGAUGGCCCCAUAUCAGCAGAACAACUCUAUGAGUGGCUACGGGCAGCAGGGGGGACAGUACGGCCCCCAAGGUUAUCCCCGUCAACCUGGCUAUGGCAACAUGCCCAACGCCAACUACCCCGGGCCGGGCAUGGGUCCAAUGAACCCCAUGGCGGGACAAAGUGGGGGUCCACCAUAUGCUGGCAUGCCUCCAGGAAGGAUGCCACCGAAUCAAAUGGGGGCACGUCCCUAUGGACCCAACAUGGGUCCAAACAUGGGCCCUAAUAUGCCUCCAAACAUGCCUCCCAACAUGGGAAACAUGCCACCCCAGGUAGGCUCAGGAAUGUGUCCACCUCCGGGCAUGAAUAGAAAGCCGCAAGACCCCGCAGCCAUGCAGCACCCGGCCCCCAACUCCAUGCACAACAGGAUGCCUGGUUACCCUAACAUGUCUCCAGGCAUGAUGGGGUCUGGACAACCGUAUGGCCCUCCCAUGAACAACAUGCCUGGAAUGAUGAACACACAAGGCGGAUCACCUUAUCCAAUGGGGCCAAACAUGGCCAAUAACUCAAGUGGUAUGGCCCCCAGUCCAGAGAUGAACAAUAAGAUGAAUAACAAAGUAGAUGGGAGUGUAACACCUAAGCCAGAACCUAAAUCCAAGAAGUCUAAUUCCUCCACCACAACCAACGAAAAGAUAACACGGUUGUACGAGUUAGGACCCGAGCCCGACAGAAAGAUGUGGGUGGAUCGUUACUUGGCCUUUGUUGAAGAGAAAGCCAUGAGCAUGACCAACCUGCCCGCUGUAGGACGCAAACCCCUCGACCUCUUCCGGCUGUAUAUGUCGGUGAAAGAGAUUGGAGGCAUGGCCCAGGUGAGUAAGAAUAAAAAGUGGCGGGAUCUGGCCACUUCCCUAAAUGUGGGUACUUCAAGCAGUGCUGCCAGUUCUUUGAAGAAACAGUACAUCCAGUGUCUGUAUGCCUUUGAGUGCAAAGUGGAACGUGGUGAGGACCCUCCUCCUGAGAUUUUUGCAGACAACAAAAAGAACCAAGCUGCUAAGGUCCAGCCACCGUCUCCAGCGUCCCUCUGCUCCACAGCUGGGUCAGGCUCUCUGCAGGGUCCCCAGACACCCCAGUCCACCAGCAGCUCCAUGGCCGAGGGGGGAGACUUAAAACCUCCCACCCCGGCCUCCACCCCUCACACCCAGAUGCCCCCUAUGCCGCCCGUGUCCAGGAGCAGCGUUAACCUGCAGGACCCCUUCUCUGAAGGAAAUGACCCCGCUUUCCCGAGGAAGAACAUGACGCCUAACUCGGCCUAUCAGUCUGGCAUGAACACUCCAGACAUACAGGGGCGCAUGGGAACCUACGAACCCAACAAGGACCCCUUUGGUAACAUGCGGAAAGUUGGGGAGCAGUUUUUACCUGCUAACCAGGGCCCUAACAGCGGGGUGGGUGACCAGCAGCAGCAACCACCACAACAGCAACAGCAGCAGCCUCCAUUCAACAGAGGACCACCUGGGGCAAUGGGCUCGAUGCCAAUAGGGCCCAGACAACAGUAUCCUUAUGGACCAGGCUACGACAGGAGGUAAGGAUUAUUGAAUGG